CUUCCGAACCAUACAACACAACCAUCAAACUCCGCAACACAUACUAGUAUCUCGGAAAACACAUACAAACACAACCCAAUCGUAUUAUAUUAAUUUUUUAUUAUUAUAUUUUUUGUAGUGGUAUAUCCAACAAAACACAAUUUGGGUCGAUCCAACAAAUCCAAUCAUCAAUCAAUCAACCCAAAGACCAACUUGAUUGAUUGAUUGAUUGAUUUCAGUUCAUCGUGUCCGUGAAAAAGUUCGUCCUCACGCUCUCAAAAUGAUUUAGGCUUUUCUUUGGAGGGUCAUGAAUCCUAAUUUCUAGGGUUUCAUCAUACAUAAUACAUACAUAAUAAGAUCCUCAUCGUUGUCUUCGUCGCCGUCCUAAUUCAUCGAUCAAAUAAACGGAGAUGAGGGUUUGGGAAUCGGGUUUGGUUGUGUUACUUCUUUUCGGCACCGAGCUGGUUAGGGCUUCUUCGUCGUCGUCGUCGGCCAUCAUGUGCCCUAUAAACUCCCUUGCGGACUCCAUUUGCCGAGGGUUUGCAGAUUCUGGGAGCUGCCCCUUCAAUGGAGAACAAUCAUUUCGAUCUGUUGAUGCAGUUGGCGUCAAGGAGGGAGAUGAAAUUUCAUUGCAGAGGGCUCUGAAUAUGGUUCACAAGAAUAGUCAUGAUUAUGUUGCCGUUCUCUUCUAUGCAUCUUGGUGCCCUUUCUCUGGAACUUUUAGACCAAGCUUCUCCAUGCUGUCUUCCUUGUAUCCCUCCAUCCCCCAUUUUGCAAUUGAAGAAUCAGUUAUCAGGCCAAGCAUACUCUCAAAAUAUGGAGUUCAUGGAUUUCCUACUCUUUUCCUUUUAAAUUCUACCAUGCGUGUGCGCUAUCAUGGCUCUCGGACACUAGGUUCUCUCAUUGCUUUCUACAGUGAUAUUACUGGCAUGAAGGCUGCAUUGUUGAAUGGAACAUCCCUGGACAAUGUUGGACACUCGUCAAAUCACGAAACACAUGAGGAGAAUGAGCAGGAAAGCUGCCCAUUCUCAUGGGCUAGAUCUCCAGAAAAUUUGCUUCGGCAGGAAACAUAUUUGGCACUGGCCACCGCAUUUGUUAUUUUGAGGUUGUUCUACUUUAUUUUGCCAGCCUUUUGUGUAUGUGCUAGAUUUGCUUGGAGAAGGUACAUCAUGAACAUAAGAUUGAGGAGCUUGUGGGAACAUCCUCAGGCCUAUCUGAAUCGGGCAAUACAGUUGUUCAAUUCUUUGAAGGAACCUAGCAAGAGAAGCAAUUUACAGGAAGGGGCAAUGAAUGCAAAGGCAUGGGCUUCAAAGUCCUUGGCUACAGUUUCAUUCGGAGAUGCAAGCACCAGCCGGGUUGCGACAGGAAAUUGAAUUCACCGUCUCGCUGAAGCUGUUCCCAGUGGUAAUAACUGCUCAGAUUUUACUGCUAAAGGUUUGGCUGCAGUAUUUUUAAUGUGAGUGAGGAGCACUUUUUGAAUGAUGUUGACCACCUCUCAUUAGGGUUUCGUUAGAGCUUUUGGUGUUUCCUGGUAAGGUGGAAAAGCUUACCAUGAUUUGUUGUUGCAGCCACCUCUAACUUAGUCAUGUCUUUGUAUAUCAGAUUACAAUUUAUUUUUUACCAUCCAAAAAAUAUGAAAUUGGCCUAAUUUUGUUAGGAAAAUGAUAAAAGUUUGGUCGAUUUUUAC